CCUGAGCGCGAGAGGGAAGCAAAUUCAUAGUUGUGGUUCACGUUCACUUAUGUAGCAAACAAGACUAGAGGCAACCCUCAGAAGCUCAGGAUUGCGAGUAUCUUCACCAUAUUGUCGCAAUACUCUUGACUCAAGAGGAUUUACGGACUUCGGUUUUAUCGGUGUUUGAAUCCAGAGCGUCUCUUUCGCUCGAGCGGUAACUGAAGUGAUGAAGUCAACUCGCGUGUGAAUUGCUACUGGAUACAAUAACGUUUCAGUAGCCUACAUGGAUUUUUGUCGGUUGUCAUAACUUGACCCCGCUUUUUAUCGGUUUACUACCAUACAGUUUAGGGCCAACGUAGUUAUUUGUUCAAGGAAAUGUGAGGACUCGGAUGCAGCUCAAGAAAGAUGAUGACCUGAGGCUGUCCCUAAUUCCUGUUUAAAUGAAGUAGUUCAACUAUCAAACGUCCUCAAGACAACGGAAAGGAAAUGGACAAAAUUAACUGUGGGCUACAUUGUAACAUUUCAAGCUGGCAUGUAAUGUCACUUUUUAUUUUCUAUGUCUGCUGAGUAUCCCACAGAGGAACCAAACCGCGCUCGUGACCGAAAGAGGGAACGGCCAAUUAACUUUGAUUUUGGGCAACAUCGAUGAGGACGCAGCAGUGAACUGACGAGUCACACAUAGAAACCACCCAGUCCCUCCCACCACCAGCCCCCCUCCCCUCCCUCUGUCCCUCUCCCCUUUUCCUGGCCCCUCUCCUCCACCCCAGACUCACCAUGCUGAUCAAGGAGUACCGGAUCCCAAUGCCAAUGAGCGUGGACGAGUACCGCAUCGCCCAGCUCUACAUGAUCCAGAAAAAGAGUCGGGAUGAGACCUGUGGCGAGGGCAGCGGAGUGGAGAUCUUGGAGAACAAGCCGUAUGAGAACGGCCCAGGGGGAAUCGGACAGUACACCCACAAGGUUUACCAUAUCGGCAUGCACAUCCCCAGCUGGUUCUGCUCUAUCCUGCCCAAGGCAGCGCUCCGGGUGGAGGAGGAGUCCUGGAACGCCUACCCCUAUACCCGCACAAGGUAUACAUGUCCCUUUGUUGAGAAGUUCUCCAUUGACAUUGAGACGUACUACAAGCCAGACACAGGAAACCAGCCAGACGUCUUCAACAUGUCCCCAGCCGAGAAGAGGCUAAGGACUCUGGACCCCAUCGACAUUGUCAAAGAUCCCAUCACUCCACAUGAGUACUUACAAGAGGAGGACCCUCGAAUCUACAGGUCAGACAAGACCAAGAGAGGGCCUCUGCAGGAGGACUGGAUCGAGGAGUACAACAACAACCCGGGGAAGACGCCCAUCAUGUGUGCUUACAAACUGUGCAAGGUGGAGUUCCGCUACUGGGGCAUGCAGUCCAAGAUUGAGCGCUUCAUCCAUGAUGUAGGGCUGAGGAAGGUGAUGGUGCGGGCCCACCGGCAGGCCUGGUGCUGGCAGGAUGAGUGGUACGGCCUGACCAUCGAGGACAUCAGGCAGCUGGAGCUGGAGACCCAGUUAGCCCUGGCCCAGAAGAUGGCCCAUUUCAGCCAAGCAGAGGAGGCCACCGAGGCCAAUGGAGCUGUUUCAUCCCCAGACAAGAAUCAGGAGGUCAAAGAUACCAUCAACUCUUUAGAAGCUGAGGAGGUGGUCAGUGCAGGGGGCGGGGGAGACACUCUCCAAACAAAACGAGCAGGGCUCACCAAGCAGUGGUCCACCUCCUCGCGAUCCUCCCGCUCAUCAAAGAGAGGAGCGAGCCCGUCACGCCACAGCCUCUCUGAAUGGAGGAUGCAGAGCAUUGCACGAGACUCCGAGGACAGCUCAGAGGAGGAGUUCUUUGAUGCUCAUGAGGACUUGUCAGGUGAUGAAGAGGUCUUUCCCAAGGAGAUUGCCAAGAGGAACUCUAACGACCUCAUGGACAAGAUUGAGUCGGCUGAUGCAGAAGACACCACUGGAGAGCUAUACAGGGACAUGGCAGGGGACUAUGAAAGGGAGGCCGGUGACGAGAGACUAGAUGAGGACCUCUCCUCUCAGCAGUGUCUGCAGCCUUCUAAGAUCCACGUGCUGAUCCUGGUGCUACAUGGAGGCAACAUCCUGGACACAGGAGGAGGGGACCAGACCAGUAAGCAGGGCGAUGUCAACACCAUCAGCACUGCCUUUGACACAGUGAUGCGCGUGCACUAUCCCACCGCGCUGGGACAAAUCGCCAUCCGCCUGGUGCCCUGCCCUGCCAUCUGUGCUGAGGCCUUCUCCCUGGUGUCCAAUCUGAGCCCGUACAGCUAUGAUGAGAGCUGUCUGUCAAGCAGUCAGGACCACAUCCCCCUGGCUGCCCUGCCUCUCCUGGCCACCUCCGCCCCCCAGUACCAGGAGGCUGUGGCCACCGUCAUCAUGAGAGCCAACCAGGUGUACAACGACUUCAUCAGGUCCCUGGAUGGGACAACCUUCUCUGGCCAGGUGUGCCUGAUUGGGGACUGCGUGGGAGGGAUCUUGGGGUUUGACGCCUUGUGUAUCAGCAACCAGACUAUUGGUGAGAGCCAGAGCAGCAGCCGCAGGGGUAGUGUAAUCAGCGUACAGGACCAGGACCUCCUCUCUCCAGGGAUCAUCAUCAACAGUGGUUAUGGCUCUGCCUCUCCCACCCUGGAGAGCAGCCGCCACCUGAGCCGCAGCAACAUCGACAUCCCCCGCUCAGGAGGACCAGAUGACCCCAAGAGACUGCUGCCCCGCAAGACGAGCGACUCCUCCACAUAUGAGUUGGACACCAUCAAACACCACCAGGCCUUCCUGACUAGCCUCCACUCCAGUGUUCUGCGGACCGACCCAUGCUCGCGCAGGUCCAGCAGCAGCACUUUUCAGGAUGCAGGCUCUCUGGGGAAGUUUGAAUUUGAGGUGGCAGACUUCUUCCUCUUCGGCUCUCCUCUGGGCCUUGUCCUUGCCCUGAGGAAGACUGUCAUUCCUGUGCUGGAUGUGGCCCAGCUGCGCCCUGCCUGCCAGCAGGUCUACAACCUGUUCCACCCAGCCGACCCCUCGGCCUCGCGCCUGGAGCCCCUCCUGGAGAAGAAGUUCCACCUCCUGCCCCCUUUCAAUGUUCCCCGCUACACACGCUUCCCCCUGGGGGACGGCAACUCCGCUCUACUGGUGGAGACAGUCCAGAGCAACCCUCAGCUCCUGCUCGAUACUGGGCCCCCCCUCUCUUUCCGCUGUCAGGAGCCCAUCAGCGAGACCUGCAUCCCUGUGCCGGUGCUAAACUGUCAGGAGGGCUCCCUCAAGGCCACACCUGCUGUUCUGGAGUCGGAUUUUGUUCAGUCUCAUGGUGGUGUCUUCAUGGACAGUUCGUACCCCUCCUCCCCCGUUACGGGCCCCCAGUGCCGGGGCCUGCGGAGGGCCAGUGAGGUCAGCAUUGCCAGCCAGGUCUCAGGAAUGGCAGACAGUUACACUGCCACCAACAUAGCCAACAUCGCAGCCCGUUGGUGGGGCACCAAGCGUGUGGACUUUGCCUUGUACUGCCCUGAUGCCCUGACAGCCUUCCCCACAGUGGCACUACCGCACCUCUUUCAUGCAUCCUACUGGGAGUCCACUGAUGUAGUGUCCUUCCUGCUGCGACAGGUUAUGAGACAUGAAAACUCCAGCAUACUGGAGCUGGAUGGUAAGGAGGUGUCAGAGUUCACUCCAUCUAAACCCCGGGAGAAGUGGCUCAGGAAGAGAACCCACGUCAAGAUCAGGAAUGUGACAGCCAAUCAUCGUGUAAAUGAUGCAGUGCUCACAGAAGGUGGGCUGCAGAUCGUGACUGGCCGCUUCAUGUACGGACCUCUGGACAUGGUCACACUGACUGGGGAGAAGGUGGACAUCCACAUCAUGACCCAGCCCCCUUCUGGAGACUGGGUGUACUUUGACACGGAGCUGACCAACAGCAGUGGCCGUGUGUCCUUCAUCAUCCCAGAGAGCAAACGGCUGGGGGUUGGCGUCUAUCCGGUCAAACUGGUGGUCAGGGGGGAUCACACAUUUGCAGACAGCUACCUGACAGUGCUUCCCCAUGGGACAGAGUUUGUUGUGUUCAGUAUAGACGGCUCAUUCGCUGCCAGCGUGUCCAUCAUGGGGAGCGAUCCCAAAGUUCGAGCCGGAGCAGUCGAUGUGGUCAGGCACUGGCAGGACCUGGGCUAUCUGAUCGUCUAUGUGACGGGGCGUCCAGACAUGCAGAAGCAGAGAGUGGUGGCCUGGCUGUCUCAGCAUAACUUCCCCCAUGGCAUCGUCUCCUUCUGUGAUGGCCUGGUCCACGACCCACUCAGACACAAAGCCAACUUCCUCAAGUCACUCAUGGAGGCUCACAUGAAGAUCUUUGCUUGUUACGGUUCUACCAAAGACAUCGCGGUCUACACCUCCAUCGGCCUCUCUCCCUCCCAGAUCUACAUCAUUGGCCGAUCCUCCAAGAAGAUGCAAGCUCAGUGCCAGUUCAUUACAGAGGGCUAUGCAACCCACCUCUCUCAGCUGGAGUACAACCAGCGCUCCCGGCCAGCAAAGACUAGCAGUGCCCGCAUGGUCCUACGGAAAGGCAGCUUUGGUCUGGGUGCAAACAGCGACUUCCUACGGAAGCGGAACCACCUGCUGCGCACCAUCUCCGCCCAGCCGGCCUCCAGCUUGCCCAGCGGCAGCGGCCACAGUAGACCAGAGCGCACACAGAGCCAGUCAGACAGCCACAGCCAGCAUGGCCCUGGACCAGCCCAGCGCAGCAUGAGCAUUACAGCAGGCUGCUGGGGCCGCAGUGGCAGCACCAAGCUGGAGCCUGGGGUGUUUCAGCCUGGGGUGAAAUUGAGCAAGGACAAAGGUGAUGAGGAAAGGGAAAAACUGCAGAAAGAGAAAUUCAAGAAAUGAAGAUUGAGAUGACCAGAGAAUAAUUUAAAGACAGGGGAGAGUGAGAUGCUAGUCGUAGGCUUUCAAAGCUCUAAAUACAGAGAUAGGAAGAAGAAUGAGAGAAUAUAUGCGGUAAACAGGUCAAUGGAAAAAAAGCUGAUCUAACAAAGUGGAUAUUCGGCAAAUCCAUCAGGAUUUAUGUAUUCUAGCAGGCCCACAAUGUGGUUACUGAAAUCCGAUUUGGAUAUAUUUGGCUGUUUUCGCUGCAUAAUAUAUAAAUAUCUGAUAAAUGCUAACUCCGGCAGAUUUGUUUCACCAAUAUACCACGGCUAAGGGCUGUGUCCAGGCACUCCGUGUUGCGUCAUGCAAAGGACAGCCCUUAGCCAUGGUAUAUUGGCCAUAUACAGUUGACGUCGGAAGUUUACAUACACCUUAGCCAAAUACAUUUAAACUCAGUUUUUCACAAUUCCUGACAUUUAAUCCUAGUAAAAAUUCCCUGUCUUAGGUCAGUCAGGAUCACAAAAUGUCAGAAUAAUAGUAGAGAGAAUUAUUUAUUUCAGCUUUUAUUUCUUUCAUGACAUUCCCAGUGGGUCAGAAGUUUCCAUUCACUCAAUUAGUAUUUGGUAGCAUUGCCUAUAAAUUGUUUAACUUGGGUCAAACGUUUCGGGUAGCCUUCCACAAGCUUCCCACAAUAAGAUGGGUGAAUUUUGGCCCAUUCCUCCUGACAGAGCUGGUGUAACUGAGUCAGGUUUGUAGGCCUCCUUGCUCGCACAUGCUUUUUCAGUUCUGCCCACAAAUUGUCUAUAGGAUUGAGGUCAGGGCUUUGUGAUGGCCACUCCAAUACCUUGACUUUGUUGUCCUUAAGGCAUUUUGCCACAACUUUGGAAGUAUGCUUGGGGUCAUUGUCCAUUUCAAAGACCCAUUUGCGACCAAGCUUUAACUUCCUGACUGAUGUCUUGAAAUGUUGCUUCAAUAUGUCCACAUAAUUUCCCUCCCUCAUGAUGCCAUCUAUUUUGUGAAGUGCACCAGUCCCUCCUGCAGCAAAGCACCCCCACAACAUGAUGCUGCCACCCCUGUGCUUCACGGUUGGGAUGGUGUUCUUCGGCUUGCAGGCCUCCCCCUUUUUCCUCCAAACAUAAUAAUGGUCAAACAGUACUAUUUUUGUUUCAUCAAACCAGAGGACAUUUCUCCAAAAAGUACGAUCUUUGUCCCUGUGUGCAGUUGUAAACCGUAGUCUGUUUUUUUAAAUGGCGGUUUUGGAGCAGUGGCUUCUUCCUUGCUGAGCGGCCUUUCAGGUUAUGUCGAUAUAGGACUCGUUUUACUGUUGAUAUAGAUACUUUUGUACCUGUUUCCUCCAGCAUAUUCACAAGGUCCUUUGCAGUUGUUCUGGGAUUGAUUUGCACUUUUCACACCAAAGUACGUUCAUCUCUAGGAGACAGAACGCAUCUCCUUCCUGAGCGGUACGACGACUGCGAGGUCCCAUGGUGUUUAUACUUGCGUACUAUUGUUUGUACAGAUGAACGUGGUACCUUCAGGAGUUUGGAAAUUGCUCCCAAGGAUGAACCAGACUUGUGGAGGUCUACACUAUUUUUCUGAGGUCUUGGCUGAUUUCUUUAGAUUUUCCCAUGAUGUCAAGCAGAGGCACUGAGUUUGAGGGUAGGCCUUGAAAUACAUCCACAGGUACACCUCCAAUUGACUCAAAUGAUGUCAAUUAGCCUAUCAGAAGCAUCUAAAGCCAUGACAUAAUUUUCUGGAAUUUUCCAAGCUGUUUAAAGGCACAGUCAACUUAUGUAUGAGUUAUAGUGUACAGUGUAUGUAUAGUGUAUGUAAACUUCUGACCCACUGGAAUUGAUACAGUGAAUUAUAAGUGAAAUAAUCUGUCUGUAAACAAUUGUUGGAAAAAUGACUUGUGUCAUGCACAAAGUAGAAGUCCUGAACGACUUGCCAAAACUAUAGUUUGUUAACAAGAAAUUUGUGGAGUGGUUGAAAAACAAGUUUUUUAUGACUACAACCUAAAUGUAUGUAAACUUCCGACUUCAACUGUACCACAUCCCUCGGGCCUUAUUGCUUAAUUUUACCCCAACAUUGUGUGAAAUACAUGUAUAAACAAUAGCAUAAAUGUAGGUUAAUUUUGAUGGGCAAUAAUGAGGAGAUUGGGAAGGGGGGGUUGUGUGCGUGGUGUUUCCAAUGUUUUGGUCAUAUUCCAUUGAUCUCUUUACCACAUCUAUACAGCAUUGAAAACCUUUGGUGCUACGAACCAGUCUGUAUUAAAGCAAGACCAUCAAUAUACCUGAAUCAACAAAAACAACAACAGGUAGAGGCAAUGUCUCUUUUUUUUUCGGACAUUGAUACAAUGGAGAAAAGCCUUUUAAGAAGCAUCUUAUUUAAGCAAGGAACAUGCAUGCACAAUACACAAACAAACCUCUGGCCAACAAUAGGAAGAGACUCCUAAAGAAAGAGACUUGGACUGUUUCCGAGUUGCAUAUUGUUCUAGUUUUUAUUUAUCAUAUUCAUCAUAUAUGUCUUUAAUACCAUAUCGAUAUACACAGUGUGUCUCCUGGACUCCAGCGUCCUCAUGCUGCCGGUUUGGUUUAACUCCUGAUAGAUCCAUGUCCCCCAUCUCCCACCCUGGGUUAUGCAGGUGGGUUGUAUCCUCCCUGCACCAUGACACAGUCUACAGUCUCCAGAACCACACACAUACAGCCAAAAUAGAAUUAUAGCAGUGCUUCAGCAGCUGCAAUACUCUUAAGUCUGUACACCAAUUGCACUUUGAUUACAGUUGAGACGCCAAUCAUUGUCUGUUUUAUCAUACAGAACAUGUUACAUUAUAGUCCACUGUAAUCAUAGCCUAUACAACAAAGUAUAUUUAUGUAUAUCACUUGCAGGGCAAACUUGUAUCAAUGUAAGGUGAUGUGCCAAAGUAGGCAGUAUGCUCAAUUUACUACUACACCUGAAGGGAGAAGCUGAAUGGAAGAUGUCUGUUGAGACAGACUGAAACUGCUCUGUGGACCUUGUUUGGGUUGAUUGAUUGUAUAGUUGAAGAUAACCGAGGCUUGUAUAUAAUAUUGUAUGUAGAGCUGAAGUCAGGCCUACCAAGGGGCAAUUCUCUAGUAUCCUCUUCACACUGAGGAGAUACACAUUCAGGAUACACCUUUUCAUUAUUAUUUAACAGGAUACAUAGAUAUAAAUGUAUAUAUUCAUUUUUUUGUGAACACAAAAACAAUUGUUUUAGUUCUUCUAACUACAUAGUGUUUCAUUUUUUAUGUUCGUAUCUCAUGCAAUCAUCCGCAGCAGCCAAUACACAGCAGGGCUAUUUGCCUUGCAUAGUAUUGCAUUUCUACUACAUCAACUGAUGACGCAAAUGGCAGGACUUGUGUUAAUGUAUCUGCUAUCUUAAUGUGUCAUGUUUAUUAUGAUAUACACUACAUGACCAAAUGUAUGUUGACACCUGCUCGUCGAAAAUCUCAUUACAAAAUCGUGGGCAGUGAUAUGGAGUUGGUCCCCCCUUUGCUGCUAUAACAGCCUCCAUUCUUCUGGGAAGGCUUCCCACUUAAAUGUUGGAACAUUGCGUCCAUUCAGCCACAAGAGCAUUAGUGAGGUCGGGCACUGAUGUUGGGCGAUAAUGCCUGGAUCGCAGUCGGCGUUCCAAUUCAUCCCAAAGGUGUUCAAUGGGGUUGAGUUCAGGGCUCUGCAGGCCAGUCAAUUUCUUCCACACCGAUCUUGACAAACCAUUUCUAUAUGGACCUUGCUUUGUGCACAGGGGGCAUUGUCAUACUGAAACAGGAAAGGGCCUUCCCUAAACUGUUGCCACGAAGUUGGAAGCACAGAAUCGUCUAGAAUGUCAUUGUAUGCUGUAGCGUUAAGAUUUCCCUUCACUGGAACUAAGGGGCUGAUCCCAAACCAUGAGAAACAGCCCCAGACCAUUAUUACUCCUCCACCAAACUUUACAGUUGGCACUAUGCAUUUGGGCAGGUAGCGUUGUCCUGGCAUCCGCCAAACCCAGAUUCAUCCGUCUGACUGCCAGAUAGUGAAGCGUGAUUCUUCACUCGAGUACGUGUUGCCAAAGCUCCAGAGUCCAAUGGCGGUGAGCUUUACACCACACCAGCCGACUCUUGGCAUUGCGCAUCGUGAUUUUAGGCUUAUGUGUGGCUGCUCGGCCAUGGAAACCUAUUUCAUGAAGCUCCCGACGAACAUUUCUUGGCCUGACGUUGGUAGUGAGUGUUGCAAUCGAGGACAGACGAUUUUUACACUCUACACGCUUCAGCACUCGGCGGCCCCGUUCUGUGAGCUUGUGUGGCCUACCACUUCGCGGCUGAGCCGUUGUUGCUCCUUGACGUUUCCCCUUCACAAUAACAGCACUUACAGUUGACGGAGCAGCUCUAGCAGGGCAGGAAUUUGACAAACUGACUUGAAGUUUUGUCUAUGGAGAUUGCAUGGCUGUUUACUCAAUUUUUUACACCUGUCAGCAACGGGUAUGGCUGAAAUAGCCGAAUCCACUAAUUUGAAGGGGUGUCCGCAUACUUUUGUAUAUAUAGUGUAUUUUGAAAGUCAAUCACUUCCUGAGCUGUAAAUGAGGCAUUCAUUGUUAUUGAGCACGUAGACAAUACUAUUUAGGUUCAGUUGGGAGUUAUUUGUUGAAGCCUCCGAUGAAAAGUCUGUAGAUAUUUGUAAAAAUAUGCUUUGGAAAGAAGGAACAUACAGUAGUUAGAUUAAUCUUAGGUUUAUUCAUGCAAAUGAUGUUUACCUCUUCCCUGUUUCAAAACUGUGUAGAACUAUGACUGUAAUGGACCACGGAGUACUGAAAUGUUAGUGAGAAGGUGCAAUAUUACCCACAAUCAUGCCACAGCAGCAGAUCCACCAUAUAGAAAGAAUGCCACAAUGCAUUGACAAUCAGUUAAGCAGGCACAUGCAGCAGCAGAGACAGAACCUCGUGCUAACACACUCACAAAAUGUCUAGGUGCCCUGUGAUGAGACGGGUAGAAACAUUUUCAAAGCACAUGAUAAUCAUAGCAAAUUGUUUAGACAGAUGGGAUCUUGGUUGAACGGUCAUUACAUUUCUGGUGUGAUCCAGGGACAGCAAGGAAGACAGUGUGAGGGGUGUAUGGGGAGGGAGGACCAUCAUGGUGAAGUGGUGUCCUCGCAAUCCAUACAGAUUGCUCUGGUAGGGAAUGAAUGAGGCAUCAGACUGUCUAUAGCCCUGUUUAUACCUGGUACUAACAUGUGCCCCAAGUCCUAAUCUGGUCCACAUUCUGAUUGUGCCGACAUUUUCAGAUGGGUGUAGAUUAUUAAAAGACACAUUGUGAUCAGAUCUUCCUGACCCCCUCCGGAGGUAGUAAGGCACACACUGUGUCUGGAUAUCAAUCAAGUGAAAGCAGAUAUGGAUGGUCAAACCAUAUAAAUCAUUAUACCAGCCUCUAAAAUCAUUGACAGGUAGCACAAUUGGCUUAUGGCAUCAGUAAUUAAAUGUAAAGAAACAUUUAAUUCGUAUUAUUUUGAAAGAAUAUCUCAAAUACUUCGCAUACAGGGAGGCAUCAGCUAAUCUGGUCACAAUACGGACACUAGAGCUGGGCGAUAUGGACAAAAAUCUAUAUUACGAAAGAUUGACUAAAUGAUCACGAUAAAUUGAAUGAUACGUUGAAUGAAAUGUAUAAGCACCAGUAAUUAUUUUACCCUUUCAACUACCCCUACAACUUUGAAUGUUAUCAAUUGUCCCAUUAGCAAUAUUAGCAGACAGGCCUAUUUCAUUACAACUUCACAUUCCUCUAGUAAAGGCUAUCGUUAUCAGUAAAAUGUUCUCGAUAAACUGAAAAUUAUCAAAACCGACCAUUUAUCGUCCCAGCUCUAGUAGGCACGACUAACCUUAAGAGUGAUUGGAUCACACAACUCACAUGUUAGAGCAAGGUUUAAAUGAGGCUAUUGUGAACCCAAUGUUCUAGAAUCUUUGCUUUACCACCAAUCCAUGUCAUACAUAUAAUAUGAGAUCAUGCUAUUCCUGUCCAUUGCCCUACUAUAGGCAUAUUUCAGGGUGACCCAGAAAGCAUCGCCCCAAAUACACAUGAACAUGCAACAGGCAUGGUAAAGGAUGCAGUCAGUUGAGCUGGAAGGGCUUGUGUUGUGAAGCAAUGCCAUUGUAACUGAUACUUUGGGCUACGAGUCACUGUUCAUAUGAUAUGCUUUUGACCUUUUUUUAAAAGUGGCACAUAACUAUGGGCAACCCAUAUGGAUUUCUCUGUGCAUCCUAACAGUGAAAUUGGAGAAGACUGGUUAGCACAUCCAGCUAAAAUAAAACAUACACCACAAUUAUUACAUGGCUGAUCUUUAAAGCAUCGUCCUGCUCCAGAGAUACUGUAUCAGUCAACUGGACAUUGACACCCCAAGAAUGUAAAGAUAGACUUGUCCAAUCAUCAGUUAAACUCAGACACAUCUGGACAAAGACAUUCCCCAUAGUUCUGCUACUGGCAGAUGCAGAUAUUACCAGAGGCCUUAGAGUACAUUUCCCUUUUUGCCUUAAAUUUUCUGUUUCAAUUAUCUGACUCAUGCCUCCAUGGAAUAAUCCUCCAAUAGAAUUUGCUGUACGGUCACUGAAAGGGGCCAUUAUUUCCCAAUGAGACUUUGGUAUGACUUGUGGUUGGUUGGUUUCAUCCCCAGGGAAAUAGUAUAAAUGUACAUAGGAAUAUAUUAAAUAAAACUACUUGAACUCUGCGCUGAAAAA